AAUGAAGAUAAAAAACCAUGAUAGAGAAGCUCUAGCUCAAAAUCUGUUCUCCUUAUGGUGUUUUGAUAGGGAAGUUGUUCAUGAAAAGGUUGUUGUGGCAACAGAGGGUUUUAAUGACAAAUAUCUCAUCGGGAUGGGAGGACAAGGAAGUGUUUAUAAGGCUGAGUUACUCGCUGGUCAAUUUUUUGCUGUGAAGAAACUUCAUCCUGAUAGUGAUAGAGAUUUCUCCAACUUCAAAGCAUUUUCAAGAGAAAUUCAAGCAUUGACAGAAAUCAAACACCGUAACAUUGUGAAGUUAUUUGGGUUCUAUUCAAAUUCACGACUCUUCUACUUGGUUUAUGAGUUCUUAGAAGGUGGUAGCUUGGAAAAGAAUCUAAAAAAUGAUAAUCAAGCAGCUGCACUUGAUUGGAAUAGGAGGUUGAACAUUGUUAGAGGUGUGGCUUCCGGAUUAUUCCACAUGCAUCAUGGUCUCUCAUGUCCCAUAAUUCAUCGUGACAUAUCGAGCAAGAAUAUUCUCUUAGAUUCAGAAUAUCAAGAAGCUCACAUUAUUGACUUUGGAAUAGCUAAGUUUCUAAAACUUGAUGCAAGCAGCAUGACCUCAUUUAUUGGCACAUUUGGCUAUGCUGCUCCAGAGAUUGCUUUAACAAUGCAAGCAAAUGAGAAAUGUGAUGUUUAUAGCUUUGGAGUCCUUACAUUGGAAAUCCUAAUGGGAAAGCAUCCUGGUGAGUUUAUUUGUCCUAUGACAGAGAUUCCAACAUCUUAUGAUUUUACACCCUUUAAGUAUAUAUUGGACCAGCGACUUCCGCCACCGUCAAAUCUAGUUGUUAAGGAGGUAAUGUUGAUUGCAAAAAUAGCACUUGCAUGCUUGAAUGAAAAUCCACGAUGCCGUCCAACCAUAGAACAAGUAUCUUCAGAACUUACAAGGCCAAGCCCUUAUUCUGUGAACCAGUUUGACAACAUCACACUCCGACAACUGAUGAGAGUUUAAACUUCAUAUGUUUUGUUUCAUGUGCAAUUAUCAUUGCAAAUGUUUUCUUUUAUGUUUUGAUGUUUUUGUGAUUCUUGUAAUAUAUAUCUCUCUGUCGUAUGCUUGA